AUUGAAUCUCAAAUCUCAAACAUUUUUCUCAUUAAUCCCCUCCCAAAUCCCAAACUCUUAUAUAAAUACCCACAAAUUGUGUUUUUAGAUAAAGUUCAAUAAACUCAGGAGAAAAAAAAUAUGAAGACAGUUUUUACUUCCUACCAUUUCCAGUUUUCCAAAUCGCAUUACCUUCGUGUUUUCCCAUGUAACCUCCAUUCACAAUCUCAAUAUUUUUUUUGUUAAAAUCGUUCUCUUUUUUAUUUAUUGCUACAUAAGCAAGACUAUAAGUUUUUGAAGAGAAACCGCAAAAAAAUGGACCCUUGCCCUUUCGUACGACUUACCGUUGGCAAUCUGGCGUUGAAAAUUCCGGUUGCGUCUAAACCGGCGCGGUCCGUUGUUCACCCUUCUUCGUCGCCGUGUUUUUGUAAGAUUAAGCUUAAGAAUUUCCCUUUCCAAACCGCUGUCGUUCCCUACAUUCCGCCGCAGAAUCAGUUUGCUGACAACCAGCUACAAACCCUCGCCGCUACUUUCCACCUCAGCAAAGCCGAUAUCGAUAAACUCGCAGCGAAAUCGAUCUUUUCCGCCAAGCCUUGCCUCAAGAUCGCUAUCUACACUGGCCGGAGAGGCACCACUUGUGGGGUUAACUCGGGGCGUCUGUUAGGGAAAGUGUCGGUGCCGCUGGAUAUAGCGGGAACUGAAUCUAGGCCCUGCGUUUUCCACAAUGGCUGGAUUUUGGUUGGUAAAGAAGCUAAUAAAGGUUCCUCUGCUCAGUUUCACUUGAAUGUUAAAGCGGAACCCGACCCUAGAUUCGUUUUUGAGUUUGACGGCGAACCCGAGUGUAGUCCUCAAGUGUUUCAGAUCCAAGGAAAUAUCCGGCAACCCGUCUUCACUUGCAAGUUCAGUUUUAGAAAUACUGGUGACCGGAAUCAAAGAUCCAGGUCGUUACAGUCAGAGCCAAGUAGCUCUCGGAGUUGGUUAAGCUCGUUUGGCAGCGACAGGGAAAGGCUAGGGAAGGAACGAAAAGGAUGGUCAAUAACGGUCCACGACUUAUCCGGCUCACCUGUAGCCGCCGCUUCAAUGGUUACCCCCUUUGUGGCCUCACCAGGUUCGGACCGAGUCAGUCGUUCUAAUCCCGGCUCAUGGCUAAUUCUCCGUCCGGGAGAUGGCACCUGGAAACCCUGGGGCCGUCUCGAGGCUUGGCGGGAACGUGGCUCUUCUGAUGGACUUGGUUACCGUUUUGAACUAAUUCCUGAUAUGAGCACCGCGGCUAUUGUUCUAGCCGAGUCGACACUGAGUUCGGGUAAGGGAGGGAAGUUUGUUAUUGACCUGGGGGGCGGCAGCGGCAAUGGUGGUUCCAACGGGCGAGCGAUGAUGGGGAGUUCGACGUCUCCGGCGUGUAGUCCGAGGAGCAGCGGUGAUUUCGGGUACGGAUUAUGGCCGUUUUGCGUCUAUAGAGGGUUCGUAAUGUCGGCUCGCGUGGAAGGGGAAGGCAAGUGUAGCAAGCCUUGCGUGGAGAUGAGUGUGCAGCACGUGAACUGUACGGAGGAUGCAGCUGCUUUCGUGGCUUUAGCUGCUGCAGUUGAUUUGAGCAUGGAUGCUUGCAUUCUUUUCUCUCGGAGGUUAAGAAAAGAGCUCUGUAAUCACCAGGAUUUACUCGGCUGAUUCCAAUUUUCGUUACCCCCCACUCUCGUCGUUUUGUCGUUUUUUCCUGGUUAGUUUUUCCUGAGUGGAUGCGUUUUAGGAUCCAUCGUGGAAAGUGGGAGGUUUUUUAAUUUUUACUUUUUUUUUUUACCACUAACAGCCAAUCUAAACCUCUGUACAGUGAAGUGAAAGAAAGGGAAGGGGAGGUAGAUUGUUAGAUUAGACAGGCACGCUUUGUUUUUA